GUCGGAAACUCAGGCCCUCCACUGCAAUCGUAUUUAAUCAAUUAUUAUGACUAAUCAGCUGAUAAUGAGUCAAGCGAGCUGCAAUUUCACUUGGUUGGCCAAUUGAAUGAUGUAAACAUGUCUGAAUAUUACUGCGGCUACAACCCGCCGCCGCCGAACUUCAAAACCUUUUUUCCGGAAAAAUACAAAGACCGACUCCAGCGCCUUCCCAAUUUUGGAAAAUUGCGAUCAUCGUGGGAGAUCCACAGGCGACCGACCGUCGUAGUUCUUCAUGUGUUUGCGGAUGAUAUCGGAGCGCUGGAGAAAUGGAUAGAUAUGGUAUACCGACUAGCUGCCCCUGGGCUUCUUGGCGGCGAGAUGGACUUCUUCGUGGACGAUGUGUGGCAGUCGUUCAUCUUCAAUGAGGAUGACUUCAGCUUCUCUCGGAGUGACGAAGGAUGUACAGUGGACUCAUUUCCCCUGAUAUACGCCGCAAAUUCGACUGGAAAGGUAUUCUUCUUUGGGGAUUUUACUGGGCCUAAACUGCCCGACCUGGAGAGUCUCAGGGAUUUCUGCGAUCAGGUGAUUAAGGGGAUAGCCGAGGAGCCCACUGCUAGAGAUCCCACGGUUGAGAAUUUAAGCCUUGAUAGCUGGAACGAACUUAUGUACGCCUGUGAUAAUGAUAUAGCGCUUUGCUUCUACAACUCCUUGCAAAAUGGCGCGGAAGUCAAUAGGAGUCUAAUGGCAAAUCUGGAUUGGCUGGCCGAUAAACUGAAACAGGAGUCAGUGCUUCUGUACAAGAUGGAUAUAAAUGGAGCUAGUAUCCCAAAGAAGUUCCUCGUAGAGUCCCCACCCGCCUUCUUCUUCCUAAAGGGAAACCAAAAGCAUAAUCCCCUGAGAUGCAAAUAUAAGCUGGACAUGUGGACAAUGUUGAGAUUUAUAGCCGAAAAUUCCAGCGAGGAGCUUUGCUACUACAAUCGUCGUGGAAAUCGAAGACUCCAUGCUGAUUUGUUAAUCCAUAUAAGGGAUUAUUUUAAUUUAAGCAGGAAUAAGACCCGUUAUUAGUAGUGGGUAUAACUCUAAAACUCUAUAAUAUUUAAGGUUUAUUUAACUGUGCAUAUAGACUUCAGUUUUUAAUGACUAUCGUUAAUAAUAAAAAAUCAAUACCGUCGGUA